CCACCCAAUAGUUGUCAAUAGUAAUCAACGUCAAACAAUAAUUUUAUUUAAGUACGGUACACAAAAUUUCCGUUCGAAAUGUUCUCAAAGCUCAAACCCCUCACGCGGUUGAUGCGCGUAGCAAUAACACCAGUACGUAAGGCGUACUUACCUCCCACGCAGUACGAUCAGCCGCUGCCGAAGAGACUCCACCUGGGUUACGUACUGCGGGUGUACUGGGAGACGGUGCCACUGUUCGCUGUGACGUGCGUCAGUCUUGGAUGCAUGUUCGCGUCUAUCGCCUGGGCGUGUAAGCACAAGGUGGACGUAGUAUUCACCAACUCCGGCGGCAGUAUCUCCCGCACGAUGGACCUGCGGAACCCCACCGUCCACAAAAUGGUCCUCAUCAACCAGUACUACGAGCCCUGGCCCGAGAUGCAGGACGUAUUGGACAAGAUGGCCAGAGCGGAGGAGAGGCUGAUGGAGGGUCAAUGACGUCACGAUAUUAUUUGGAUUAAACUUUUAAUUUGUAUUUGUCUGACGGCAUACUGAGCUAUGACGUAAGGACUUUGAAUUAAAAAUU